UCAAAUCUCGAGCCCACUUUUUUCGUGACUGGUCACUGGCCGCUUGAGUUUGAUCUCGUUUUUAUUCUCUGGCUGAUCCUAGUGUCAUCAAUGUUAGGCAACAUCAUCAAAAACAGUCUCUUGCUAUACAGUAAGAGUGCACUGUUUAGAAGAUGCAAUGUACGACAGAUAUCAUGCAAUAGUAAAAGUAGAUGGGAAGAGAUUGCUUCUAGGAAUCAAAGCACAGCAUUGGAAAGCGAGGAUGACUUGGAUAAGCCUAUAAAAUAUUCCAUGUCAAAAGCUGCUACUAUGAGAAUUGAAGAGUAUCGCAAUCCAUAUGAAGAUAGUAGACCAUGGUAUCAGGGAUAUGUUGUAUCAGCAAGCUUAGUUGUCUUUCUAAUUUAUUUCUGUAUCUUAAGAGAUGAGAACGAUAUCGAUAAUUUAAUAUAUUGUGACUUGAACGAAACAUUAAGCAGAGUGAAGAAGGAAGAAGAAGAGAAGUUAAAACUUAAGUCAAAAUAGGACAUCUAUUUAUCUGAAAUAGCACUUCUCGGUUUGUUUUGCAACAUUCUUUGUUAGAUAAUUGUUUUUGUUGUAUAAUGUACAUACGCUUUCCAUAAGAAUUAUCUUAGCAGACAUUUGAUUUAAUGUACAGUAAUAUUUAUCUAAAUACAUAUCUGUAUACAGAAUAGCAGGAAAGAAUUUAUUAAGAAAAAUGUCUUUUAGUGUGUAAAUAAAAAAAUAUU